CCCCCAUCCCUCUCAUAUAUCUCUGGAUCUUCAGACACCGCCCAGACAAAUUCAUUACCCAUAAGACGAAGGGACCACCCAACUUGUCUGAGCGCGUAUCUAGCAUCUCCAGUUUAUACCCCUCCUACGGAUACAUCCACGAGCACUUCCUGCAAUUGUCUCCGAUCUAGAGCUCCCCCGAAUCUGACUGGCGCUUACAUUGCAUCGGGAGGCGGCCCUACAUCAUAUCACCGACCCUUUAUUCCACAUUACACUAGAUUGACGUAGCUAGCUCGGCGCGCCGCCUUCACAAUAGCUCCAAGCUACCUGUCAGCACAACGCACCAUUGCAUGAGCUCUUUGCUCCCAUCCUCCGCGCCCAAGAAAAGUCUCUACCCAUUGGCGUUAUAUACAUACCGCCCGAUCUGUCGCGAGACACCCUGAUCCGUUCUUCACUUUGUUGAAGCAUCUACAGCCAGCACCAGCGUCUCAAAACAACAUCCAAAACAACAUCCAACCCGCCCAUAGCGACCUCGUCCAACAAUGGCAAUGGACGAAGUCGACCGCGAAAUCGCGGACGCCGAGCGCGCCGCCUCUCCAAACCGCUACCACGGCCGCGAAAGCCACGAGAUCGAACGGGUCCUCUCCGCAUCCUCUUCCUCAACCUCCUCCUCCACGGCCUCGCACACGGGGGACCGCACCGCCGCGUAUCGCACCGGCACCGGCAUCAGCCGCGUCUCGACCCAAAAUGACCUCGAGCGUCACCCGACGGCCCUGAGCCGUAUAGCUACCGCCCGCAGCCAGCACUCCAACACCGUCGGCCGCAGCAUCAAGAGCAGGGAGUCGAGAAGGCCUCUGCCGGCCAUGGGCGCCGGCAAGCCGUACCCGCCACCUUUGCCGGAGCAGGAGGACUACGUUGUGGAAUUCGAUGGGCCGGAAGAUCCUCUGCACGCGCAGAACUGGCCGAUUAAGAAGAAGUUGCUUACAGCCGCAAUGCUUGGCUACACCACGAUGACGUCGGCUUUCACCUCGAGUAUCUUUUCAGCAGCGACGCAAGUCAUCGCAACGGAAUACAACGUCUCCGCGACCGUGGGCACCCUCGGCGUCUCCUUUUACGUCCUGGGUUUCGCCUUUGGCCCAACGCUCUGGGCGCCCCUCUCCGAGCUGAGGGGCCGCAGACUACCCCUCGUCCUCUCCAUGUUUGGCUUCUCCAUCUUCACAAUCAGCUGCGCCGUCGCCAAGGACCUCCAGACCAUCUUGAUAUGCCGCUUCUUCGCCGGUUUCUUCGGCGCGUGCCCCUUGGCCGUCGUCGCCGCCGUCUUCUCCGACAUGUUUGACAACCGCACCCGCGGCACCGCCAUCACCGUCUUCUCCAUGGCCGUCUUCACCGGCCCGCUCCUGGCGCCCUUCAUCGGCGGCUUCAUCGUCGAGUCGCACCUCGGCUGGCGCUGGACCGAGUACAUCCCCUCCUUCAUGGGCUUCCUCGCCUUCUUCCUCGACCUCUUCUUCCUCGAGGAGACGUACCCGCCCGUCAUCCUCGUCAGCAAGGCCUCGGAGCUGCGCCGCCGCACCCGCAACUGGGGCAUCCACGCCAAGCAGGAGGAAAUCGAAAUCGACUUUAAGGAGCUCGUCAACAAGAACUUUUCUCGCCCCAUGCGCCUCCUCUUCGGCGAGCCCAUCGUCACCGCCCUGUCCGUCUACAUGGCCUUCAUCUACGGCCUGCUCUACCUCUUCCUCACCGCCUACCCCUUCGUCUUCCGCGGCGUCCACGGCUUCGGCGCGGGCCAGUCCGGUCUCACCUUCUUCGGCAUGAUCACCGGCCAGCUCAUUGCCGGCGUCACCGUCCUCCUCCAGCAGCCGUGGUACCUCCGCAAGCUCAAGGCCAACAACGGCGUCCCCAUCCCCGAGUGGCGUCUCCCCAGCGUCAUCGCCGGCGGCGUCUUCUUCGCCAUCGGCAUCUUCUGGUUCGGCUGGUCCGGCUACCGCGCCGACGUCCACUGGAUCGUGCCCACCCUCAGCGGCCUCUUCACCGGCUUCGGCCUCAUGUCCAUCUUCCUCCAGGCCCUCAACUACCUCGUCGACGCCUACCUCAUGUUCGCCGCCUCCGCCAUCGCCGGCAACACCUUCCUCCGCUCCCUCUGCGGCGCAGGCUUCCCGCUAUUCGCGAGCUACAUGUUCAACGGCAUGGGCAUCCAGUGGGCCUCGACCUUGCUGGGCUGCGUCGCCAUCGCCCUCGUGCCCAUCCCCGUCAUCUUCUACAUCUGGGGCCACAAGAUCCGCGCCAAGUCUGCGUACGCACCGACUUUCGCCGCGCCCGCCGACGAGCCUGAUGAGGAGGACCUGGCGCCUGCGCCGCUGAGCAACGGACACACCAGCCACCACCAGGACAAUGAGAAGCCGCCGUCCAUUGCCGCGAUGGAAGCGAGCAGAGCUAGGACGAGCGGCGACAAGGCUGAGAAUGCUGUGUAAAAAGUCUUCUCAAACAUUUACCAUCCGAAUCUACCCCAGCAUGUUGCGAUGUUACGACGCAUUUUUAUCCUCGUAUGUAUAAAGACACAAAUCUGUCUUGUUUCAUGUGGUCUUUGGAAUUUGAUGAUACCAUGGAGGCGAGGAAAAAUUUGAGCCGGGGGUUUUCAUCUCUUGUUUAAAGAUGUUUAUGACCAGCAUCGUUCAUCUGAUACCACAAAAUCUUUUUUGCCUUACGCAAACCUUACCGUAGCCUUUUACGAUUAAUCACACCCCCAACUAACAACUUAAUAC